UGAGAUCGUUUGGGGCGAGCAAAACUGCCUUGCCAUGGAAUGCUCCUUUCCUCUUGUUGAGCUUGGUGAUGGAUGCAUGUGGUGGCCUUUGAUGGUGGCUGCAGCUUUUUCCUUUUGCUUCUGCCUGGCAGGCUUCUUGUGUAUUUUGUCGCUUUGGAAAAGACACAUGUGGAGAAGACACGAACGGAUCGGUGACAAGAUUAACAAGAGAUUUGAGACAGUAUUUCAGGAGAUGUGGGAUGAAGCAAACUGCACUUUGGAUGUGCAUGCCCAAUUCCUAUUCAAGCAUGGGUAUAGCCAAAGUGAGUUCCAUUCAUGCCUUUCUAAGAUUCGAGCACGUCAAAGCGAAAUGGCCGGAGUGAGUUUGCGCUAUUUACUGUCGAAGGAAUUUGCAGAACUGGCAAGAGGUCGCACCCACCUCACAGAUCCGAGCUUCAAAGAGAUGAAGGUUUCAUUUUGGUUAAAUGAAAAUGCCAUUGGAAAGGACAUGGUUUGCCCCAGAGAUGGAAGGUUGGGCUGCGCGCUGGUGGAUUGGAUUCCACGGGCUGAUCGGCGCCAAAAGACCCAUUUUCUGUCAUGGAGCUGGAGGUACACAUUGGAGCAGGUACAGAGUGCAUUGCGAGUGUUCCAGGCGAAUGCUGUUGUUGAAGCAAACUCGAUCUUUUUCCACAUGUGCUUCUUCGUGACGAAUCACUUUCGAAUCAUCAGCGACGACCAUUCGUUUGAGGAUCCUAUACGCCUGACUGGGCAAAUGGUAAUGAUGCUAGAUUCUUGGGACCAGCCCCCCCAUAUGAAAAGAAUCUGGACCCUUUAUGAACAGUUCCGUGCCUGCCAGCUUAAGAUACCAAUUACCAUUACGAUGCCGGAGGAUGCUUGGAACCAUUUGCGUCAGACGAUGCUAAGAGGUGAAGAGGGGCUGAGUGCCAUUUCCAACGCCCUGGCUGCGAUACGUUGCGAAGAAGUGGAAGCCUUUGACCCAAGAGAGGAGCAAUGGGUAAAAACCCAAAUUGAACAAACCGUGGGAUUUCGCGCUGUAGACCAACACAUCGAUCAGGCCAUGAGGCAGAUGCUGGGAAGUGUCUUUCAGAGUACUUUUAGCGAGGCUUUGUCUGCUGACACACAAAAAGAAAGGGAAAGAAAGCAAACAAUGAGAGAUUUGGAAGAAGAACUGUGGCUUGAGGAACGCCAUGAGCAAGGCGUCACGCUUGAUAAGUACACUCAACUCCUUGAACCCUUGGGCAUGUGCUCUGAAGAUGUCAAGCAGGAACUGCAGCAAAGGCGAGCACAUCAGAGUGAACAAGCAGGUGUGAGUCUCCGGUAUGUUUUGUCGAAUGAAUUUCACCGACUGGCUUUUUGGCGAACCGGGCUGGAAAAUCCGACCUUUAAUGACAUGAAAGAAGCAUUUUGGUUGAAGGAGGAGCAAGCUCCUAUUGGAAAGGACAUCGUUUGCCCCAGAGAUGGAAGGUUGGGCUGCGCGCUGGUGGAUUGGAUCCCACGGGCCGAUCGGCGCCCACAGACCCAUUUUCUGUCGUGGACUUGGAAGUACACCAUGGGGCAGUUGCGCAGUGCAUUGGAGAUGUUCCGGAUGAAUGUGAGCCCUGCUCGGGACAGUAGUUCGAUCUUUCUCUACAUGUGUUUUUUUUUCGAACAAUCAAUUUCGGAUUAUUGUCGAGCAAGUCGCGGCGGGUAGCGAUGACCUGGAGAACUCCUUUCAGAAGAACCUGACUCGAGCCGGAAAGAUGGUGGCCGUUUUGGACACGUGGGAAGAUCCAGUUUAUUUGAAAAGAGUGUGGACUGUUUAUGAGCAAUUUGUUGCCUGUUCGCUGAAGCUGCCUGUGGAGUUUGUGAUGCCAAAGACCUCCAUGGCAUCCCUACACAGCCAUAUCGGGCAAGGCAAAAGUGGCCUAAGGAAGAUCACGACUUCAAUUUGCAAAGUUGAUUCUGAACAAGCUCGAGCCUGGAAACCAGAAGACGAACAAAGAGUGAAGUCGGCUAUCCAGCGCUCGGUGGGCUUUCAGCAGGUAGACCGACAUGUGAGAAACGCCUUGGUCGACUGGAUUGGCCAGGCAGUGCGACACCAAUUCCAAGAGCUGGUUGAGGGAGCUGGUUGAGAUCUCCCUGAGCUCGCAUUAGAUGUCAAAAUCCAGCUCCGCACGAGCAACGCUCAAUGAUGUGUGCUUCAAAAUUGUUUGUACUUGUACAUUGUGAGAAGUGAAUCACAAUUUUCAAUUUACUUCAGGCCGCAGCGAGUAAUUUAGCUUCAGCAUGUGCACAAGUCACAUCAAAACAGUGCAUUGGGAAAA